GCCAAGGGUAUUCGCCAUGAAGGAAACAGGUACCAAUCAAAUAAGAGAGUACCUACCCCUUCGGGUGGAUAGAAUGAUCGUUACUGCCACUCAUCUUCCAAUACUUUAAUAUGACAAUCGAAUUUCAACGACAAAAUAGUUUUCUUCGCUAUUUUUCAUCCAACAACUAUCCCCCUUCUUUGGAUUUACCAUCCUUACUAUUUAGUUGGACAUGUUAUUUAUAUUCGGUUCAUAAUGCAUGUGUCAUGAAAUUCCUCACGUUCCUAAGAUUGACCUACUUUAUCAUUCGUAUCCAUACUAUUUGUCUUAGAAACCUCAAUCUUUUGGGAGGUAGCUAUGGCCUUUUCGAUCUUAACUCGGGCCAAGAUUGGCCUGAAGAAGAUACUACGUUAUCUCCGUACAGAACCAAGACCAGAGACAGAGCCGGAGGCAGCUCAAGAACCAGAGGUGGACGGAGUACCAGAGCUAGAGAGGACAUCACUACUCACGGAUGAUUCUUCCUUGUUCCCUCUUUUUUCUGUAUUACCUUCGGAACUCCAAGUGAAGAUCUGGGAAGCUGCAUCAGAGCUAGAUGAAGUAGGAAUAUGCGUUCCCAGAAUCAACCCAGAUCACCUUCACGAUAUCGAUCCCCUUUGCAGGGAACUAGAAUCAGACGGAAGCAAGAUUUCUGAAAGCCAGCCCAAGUUAGAUGUUAUGGUAGAACGUCUCGUCGUAAACUUUAAGCUACCCCCUGUUUUUCACAUCUGCAGACAGUCUCGCCAAGUCGCCCGCAAGGCAGUACUUCAUUCCGAAGACAAGGACGGGGCGUGCUACGGCGCAUUUCGAGAAUACGAUCCGGCGAAGGAUGUCUUUUUCGUAACCCACGUAUUCUUCCACAGCUUCUUCCCCUUCAAGUUUUGGGAGAAGGCGAAGGAAAUCAAGCAUGUCGGCCUCGAAUACCCUACCUUCAAUGGCAGAUGGUCGUACUUUAUGUCUUGCUGGAAUCUUUUCAUCGCGCACCAUCAAACUCCGAAACUCACGAUCAUAGUAAAAACGCCACGUGACGGACUAUACUUAGGGCCUCGGAACCAAAUAUAUCAGGUCCAGAAAUUGUUCACGGCGAGACGGAACGCUAUGACAUUUCCCCUUCAGAUUUGGCACUGGCAAUACAACCAUGCGAACCUAACAGCACUACAGUACUUCCGGCCAGGAGCCAAUGAUAUGCUGGAGGUCACAUUUGGGACGUUGAAGCUAUCUGGGUCCGAACCACCGAGUGGGUGAUAACUGAAGUUUGUAUCAGUGUUAUGAUUGCGAGCGCUUUUAUGAGGACUAAGCGAAUAUCGUCAGCAGCGUUAGGAAGCGUUUGAUUAGGAUUCUUAAAUAAUAAGAUUUUAUUAUGGUUGGUCCUCGGAACUUUACCCCAUCGUAACCAAGACAGUUAACGUUACGGCUCACCUUACCCAACUUCGCGUGGAAUGGUAAUACAUCGUAGUAGUAUUACAUACUAAAUAAUAUGUAAGGGUUGGCAUCUUUCAAGGUUACGACUCACACGCAAUCUAGACCCUGUCCCACAUUGCAGAUAACUCGUGGCUAUCUUCCG